UCAGAGUGAAACACCGAGUGGAUGAGCUGUAAUGAAUUGAGUUCGAGAUUCUUCUUCCUCACUUGAGUCGAUCGGGGACGAAAAUCAGACAAGUGAAGGAAACGGGAAGAGGGAUAAAAAAGUGCACGGAUUCAUCCAGAACUGUACAGGUCUAUGGAAAUGCAGGAUCUAGCCAGUCCGCACAGUCGAGUCAGUGGUAGCAGCGAAUCCCCAAACGGCAACAACCUCGACAACUCGCACAUUAACAACAAUUCCAUGACCCCAAAUGGCACUGAAGGUGAUAACAUCACCAUGCUCACCACAGCCGACUGGUUAUUAGGUUCUAGCUCACAGUCCACUGCAGUUAAAACAGAGCCAAUGAGCAGCAGUGACAUCACCACGUCUGUAGCAGAAGCAUCACUGGAUAGCUUCUCAGGAUCAGCUGUUGGAAACAGUGGCUUCAGUCCAAGACAAACUCACCAGUUCUCUCCGCAGAUUUACCCCUCCAACAGACCGUACCCACACAUCCUCCCGACCCCCUCGUCCCAGAACAUGGCCGCGUACGGACAGACGCAGUACAGCACCGGCAUGCAGCAGGCCUACGCCACCUACCCUCAGCCGGGCCAGCCGUACGGUAUACCCGCCUACGGAAUCAAGACAGAAAGUCAGGCUCAGUCUCCAGGACAGAGCAGCUUUCUCAGCUACAGCUCCAGUUUCAGCACGCCGCAGACCGGACAGGCGCCCUACAGCUACCAGAUGCAAGGAGGAAGCUUCACCACGACGUCAGGACUCUACACAGGAAGCAACUCGCUCACCAACUCCACUGGAUUCAAUAACACACAGCAGGAUUACCCAUCAUACCCGACGUUCGGACAGGGUCAGUACACUCAGUAUUACAACAGCAGCCCCUACACGUCGCCCUACAUGACCAGCAACAACACGAGUCCCACCACGCCCUCCACCACCGCCACCUACACGCUGCAGGAUCCGCCGUCCGCCAUCACCAGCCAGGCUCUCACCGACCAAUCAGCAGGAGACUACAGUACCAUCCACAGUCCAUCAACCCCCAUUAAAGAUUCAGAUUCAGAUCGAUUGCGUCGAGCCUCGGAUGGAAAAUCACGUGGAAGAGGAAGAAGGAACAAUAAUCCGUCUCCUCCACCCGACUCUGACCUUGAGCGCGUCUUCAUCUGGGACCUGGAUGAGACCAUCAUCGUUUUUCACUCCCUGCUCACCGGCUCGUACGCCAACAGAUACGGACGGGACCCGCCCACGUCGGUGUCGUUAGGACUGCGUAUGGAGGAGAUGAUCUUCAACCUGGCUGAUACUCACUUAUUCUUCAACGAUCUGGAGGAGUGUGAUCAGGUCCACAUCGACGACGUGUCCUCCGACGAUAACGGACAGGAUCUCAGCACGUAUAACUUCAGUACGGAUGGUUUCCACGCCGCCGCCACCAGCGCCAACUUGUGUUUGGCGACGGGCGUGAGAGGAGGCGUGGACUGGAUGAGGAAGCUGGCGUUCCGCUACAGACGAGUAAAAGAAAUUUACACCACCUACAAGAACAACGUCGGAGGACUGCUGGGUCCAGCCAAGAGAGAAGCCUGGCUUCAGCUGCGGGCGGAGAUCGAAGCUCUGACCGAUUCCUGGUUAACGCUGGCACUGAAAGCACUCACAUUAAUCCACUCAAGAUCAAACUGCGUGAAUAUUCUGGUGACCACGACGCAGCUGAUCCCGGCCCUGGCUAAAGUGCUCCUGUACGGCCUGGGAAUCGUCUUUCCCAUCGAGAACAUCUACAGCGCUACUAAAAUCGGCAAGGAGAGCUGCUUCGAGCGAGUAAUCCAGAGAUUCGGGAGGAAAGUGGUUUACGUGGUGGUGGGAGACGGAGUGGAAGAGGAGCAGAGCUCCAAAAAGCACAACAUGCCGUUCUGGAGGAUCUCCAGUCACUCGGACCUCAUGGCUCUUCAUCACGCUCUGGAUCUGGAGUAUUUGUAGCACUGUGACGUCUCCGUCUCUUCGUUUCUGCCACCGCUUCCACCCAACAGGGUCGACACACCGGACGGGGGGAGAACAUGUCAAACCCCGAUUAGAAAAGUUAAACAGACAGCGUUUUGUGUGAACCCUGAGGCUGGGCGUCGGGGGAGAGAAUCGAACGUUACCGUGAAUUGACUCGGCCGGUUUGUGGAAGAGCCGUCGGUUUGUUCGGUGGCGUGUGCGAGGGUUCACAGCCGCGAGGGAUCCAGAGCUAUCGACCGCACCACUCUCCAACCCUUCAUCAACAACCACUGUGCUGGAUGAUCUUCUGACUGAUGAUGGGAGACGUUUCUCCAGCACCACUUCACAUCUCGGAGUCUCUGAGAGGAACCGCGCCGGAUCCUGACCCGAUGUAACGGAGAACCUUGACGUGCGUUUGCUCAGACAAUCACUCGUGUACAGUCGGGUUUGGUGUGUGUGUAUAUUCUUAAUCACUGGACUUUAUUCCUUCCUGUUCGUGCGGUUCUGUACGUGCUGGUGCGGAGCCUGGAACAGUGUGGGUGGCUUUUAGGUUUCUGUGUAGAUACCAGGAUUUCUGUGAGCUUCGUCAUGACCAAAAGCAUGGACGCCACGUGUCAAUGAUUCUGUUUACGGAUUUGUUGAUUUUAUUCUGUCUGUGCUUUCUAGGAUCUGUAUUUAUUUACAGAAUUAAAAACACACCACGUUAUGACUAUUGGACAUGAGAUGAAUCGAGAAUAGAAAUGAACCCACUUCUGUUUCCGUCCCGAUCAAAGUUUAAACGCCUCAAACCUCCACGAUCGUUCAGUUGUAUUUUUUGUACUGGCACUAACUGCAGGAACUUGUACAGUACAUGUUACAGCACACGUCAUUUUUGUAUGAAGUAGCUCAUUAACAUGUCUGAGGGAACGUCGCUGUAGUCGGGAGAGAAAAUCGUCUUCAUAGAGCUUAGAUGUUAAACUGUGGUCUGUUAUAAAGCCACUACACACACACACACACACACACACACACACACACACACACACACACACACACACACGCGCGGUGGAGAACACGCCUGCUUCAGCGACUGUGAAUUUUCCUAGCAGGAUUGAAUGCGUGAGGUUCUGACUGGUUUACACACCGUCCGUGUUUCAUUCCUGCGCCUCGGCUCAAGUGUUCUACUGCCCCUUUUACCCCCCACCCUUUAAGAUUCAACCCUACUAAAGCAUCUCAGUGCCCUUUUAAUUCCCUAAAAUACGCCCGUUUUGUCCUUACAUUAAAAACAUUAAAUUUAGCCCCCUUUACCAUCAUACCUCUCGACCCUUUCACUUUUGCCCACUUAUAGAACUUCUGCCCCCAUGUAUGCAUCUGCAACCCCAUACAAAUCGCCCCUAUUAAUGUGCUGCCCCUUUAAACCCUCUGCUUACUCCUUCACCCCAAUCUAGAACCUGCUACUAUUAACCCCGUCUACACCUCAAAUCUGCCAAGAUCUGCCCUUUUCACCCCGUCCAUAAUCUAAAAUCUACCUCUUUACACCUGUACUCCUAAAACUCCCACUUUAUUUCCUUGCAAAGUUUGAAUUCUGCCUUUAGAAGGGGUAGAUUUUAUAUAAGAAUGAUAAUCUGCCUCUUCGUGCCCACUAUCUAAACCUCUGGAAUGUAAAUCUUUAUAAAAUAUAUAUUCUUUACUUCUUACUCACUAAUUUAACCCCCAGGUCUGGUCCUGAUCUGGCCCUCCAAACCCCCCUCAUCAUCUCAAAUCUCUGCCCUCACUCCCUCAUCCCAGAGUACCACAUAUUGCUGCUAGUUGAUGGUUCAUAUUAGAUUAAAUGUUUUAUACAUUGAGCUUUUUAAUAAUAUUAAUAAUUAUUAUUAAUAAUAAUAUUGCAAACUGGAAAUGAUUGAUGUUGACGGAACUCGUCACGAACACACGUGUCUGCAAACAAAAAAAGAGAAAUGUACAGAUGUUUUUGGACAUUAUUAUUAUUAUUUGAUUGUGUUUAAAUUAAUAAAACAAUGAUUUGUGAACUGUAA